GAAUUACAGUUUAAACAUCAGUGCGCGCUCCUGGUGGAGAAGAGAGAGCCGGAGGAUCAACUGAUCACUGAUAACAUCCUGCUAACCUAACAGUCUGCUCUGUUGUUAUCAACACACACCGGGAACAUCCAGCACCAUGUCUGAAGAGAAGCCAAAGGAGGGAGUGAAGACAGAGAAUGACCACAUUAACCUCAAGGUAGCUGGUCAGGAUGGGUCAGUUGUACAGUUCAAAAUCAAAAGGCAUACUCCGCUCAGCAAACUAAUGAAGGCAUACUGCGAAAGACAGGGAUUGUCAAUUCGUCAGAUAAGGUUUAGGUUUGAUGGACAGCCAAUUAAUGAAACAGACACACCUGCACAGCUGGAGAUGGAGGAUGAGGACACUAUUGAUGUAUUUCAACAACAGACAGGAGGAGUCUCUUCUUAAGUCGGAUGUGGACUCUUGGAAGAACAUCCACAUCAUUAUUUUCAUGUUGUAUUUGUUUUCACUUAAUUCUUUUUUCCACUGUGCUCGGUCAGGCUGUUCCCAACACAAAAGAAGGUAGACGUUUCUUUCAUUUAGGGCCAAAUCCUAACUUUGAGAUGCAGGGUAAUUUUUUUAAAAAGUGUUUUAUUCACAUAAAUGGAUGAUUUGAAAUUGUCCAAGGCAGGGACACGUCUCAGAUCAGAUAUGGCUCGUAAUGAAAACAACACACUGCGUUCUUUUGAUGUUGAAAUGACCUCAUGCAUGUCUCAUAAAACCAUAAGCUGAACUACAUGCCAAAAUCCUUUUUUUUCCUCUCUUUGUGUUUAAGUUUUCCAGAUUGUUGUGAGCAUUUAAAUUCAGGGUGGGCUCAACAAUUUUUAAUUCAUGUACUUGAUAGGAUUGCUGUGGAGGAAAACUGCUGGAUGGGAGUUUCUCUCUGUAGAUGGGAAAGACAUUAUGACAUAUUUCUAAAGUAAUAAACUUUUAGUAGCCCUUUUUUUUUUUAAAGGAACAUUCAAAAUAAUUUGAUGUACCCAAUGCUUGUGCCGAGAAAGAUCCAUAUGAAUGGUUUACCUCAAUACUGUCACCCUCGACUCAUUGGUAAAUAAAGUACAGUAAUGUUUCUGGACCAAAAAGCUAAAUGAAUAGUGUUCUUUUAUAAAAGGGUUUGGUUAAUAUAUAAUAUGUAGAUGUAAAGGGUUACUGUGACUGUAACAGUGGUCUUUGUGGUCACACAGCAGGAGAACAGCUCUCCCCAUGUGUUUCUUUCCAUCUCUUCAGGACUUUAGAAUACAAAUAAUUCACCUUUACCAGUCCAGAAAUGGAGCGUCUCAUCUAAGGUUAUAUAUUUCAGUCAGUGUAUAAACAAAUAUUGAGUCAAUGCUGUGUUGCCAAUUUGAAUACUUUUGUCCAAAAUCUAUCCAAACAUGCUUAGUUUGUUUGACUCUUGUGCGUUGGUAGGUAGAAAUCUUGUUUUAUAAGAAUGUUCACCUUCAUUUUUUAACAUUUGUUAGAUUUGCUGGGUGACAUUGGCAGAUACCCCCCCCCCCCCCCCCCUUUUUUUUUUGAUUUGUACAUUAUUUGUUGUCCCUAUACUGUAUACAAUAAAUAUAGUUUGAUACUCA